UUGCGAGAUAAAAGAAAACAGAAACCUCAGAUAUCUCAAAAAGAGAGAGCGAGAGAGUGGCUCCCCCCCCCACACCCUUAAUCUUUGUAUUUCUUAUGUGUCUGAACUUGACUUCCGGGAUUGCUGAGAGACCUUCCCGUUGCCUGGCCAUGACAAGGUCCUAGGCCAUUCUCCUGGGGACCAUGGUGUUACCUUCGCGAUUACACUGGAUCCGAAACCGGCCAUGGAGAGACAGGAUCCGGAGGAGGCGGCUCCACCGACUGCCAACCAGACUGCCAGGAACCAUGCUGGUUGGGCCCCAGUCCUUCUCGCCCGGGGGGCCCAACGGGAUCAUUCGCAGCCAGUCCUUCGCGGGUUUUAGCGGACUGCAGGAGAGGCGAUCCAGGUGCAACUCCUUCAUUGAAAACGCCUCUGCUCUCAAGAAACCGCAGGCCAAGCUGAAGAAACUGCACAGUCUAGGACACAAGAGCACCAGCUCCCCCAAGGAGCCUCAGCCCAGGAGAGUGGAGGAGGUCUACGAGGCCCUGAAAAACGGACUCGAUGAGUAUCUGGAGUUCCACCAGGCGGAACUGGACAAGUUGACGGCUCAGUUAAAAGACAUGAAGAGGAACUCUCGCCUGGGUGUGCUGUAUGACCUGGACAAGCAAAUUAAAACGAUUGAAAGAUACAUGAGACGCCUGGAGUUUCACAUUAGUAAGGUAGAUGAACUCUAUGAAGCCUAUUGUAUCCAGCGACGCCUCCAAGACGGCGCCAGCAAAAUGAAGCAAGCCUUUGCCGCCUCCCCUGCCAGCAGAGCUGCCCGCGAGAGCCUGGCAGAGAUCAACCGGAGCCACAAGGAAUACACAGAGAACAUGUGCACCAUCGAAACGGAGCUGGAGAGUCUGCUGGGGGAGUUCUCCAUCAAGAUGAAAGGUCUGGCUGGCUUUGCCCGGCUUUGCCCUGGAGACCAGUAUGAGAUUUUCAUGAAGUAUGGCCGACAGAGGUGGAAACUAAAAGGCAAAAUAGAAGUUAACGGCAAACAGAGCUGGGAUGGAGAAGAGACCGUGUUCCUGCCCCUGGUAGUGGGGUUCAUUUCCAUCAAGGUCACAGAACUCAAAGGGCUGGCGACCCAUAUCCUGGUGGGCAGCGUGACCUGUGAGACCAAAGAGCUGUUUGCUGCCCGCCCUCAAGUUGUGGCUGUUGACAUCAAUGACCUUGGCACCAUCAAACUGAACCUGGAAAUCACUUGGUAUCCCUUUGACGUGGAAGACACAACUCCGUCCUCGGGUGCUGGGAACAAGGCGGCCGCUCUGCAGAGGAGGAUGUCCAUGUACAGCCAGGGCACCCCGGAAACACCCACCUUCAAAGAUCACUCCUUCUUCAGAUGCUUGCGGCUGUCUGUCUUGAGCACCUUGCGACACUCUUUCUUUGGCACGCUGCACCACACCCGCUCUGUCGGUGACCUGCCCUCCCUCAGCCUGAACCCCAAGGCCCUGCUCGAGUUCUAUUCCAAUCUCCCCGAUGACACCUUUGAGAGUGACAAAGUCGCCGAGGAGAAGAUGCCCUUGUCUCUCAGCUUUGGCGACCUGCGCACCUGUAGCUCGGCCACCUCUCCCCGCAGGGCAGCCGGGCCUGAGAUCACCGUCACCCCCGCCAUGGAGCGAGAGCCCGGCUACAGCCACAUGUCGCUGCAGCUGGAGGGCGCAGACGACAGCAGCUCCUCCACUUCGGCCACCUCUGGGAGCUCCCUGGGUGGAGACCACGAGCCAAGGUCUCGCCCGCAGGGGGACACCCCGCAGCCCAGCAAGCCCAGACCAGCCGCGGGAGCCAGCGCCGAGCGCCUGAUCCUUGGGACGGGCGCCGUGGCCGAGGCCCUCCUGCAAGAGUCGGACGAGGCCUCUGAGCUGAAACCCCUGGAACUGGACGCCUCCGAAGGCAACAUCACCAAGCAGUUGGUGAAGAGGCUCGCCUCGGCCGAGGGCCCGGUGGCUGCGGAGAGGCUCCUCUUCGAGGUCUCGGUGGCCGGCGAGUCCGAGGCUGGCCGCUCCUUCCUGGAUGGCAGCCUGGAGGACGCCUUCCACGGGCUCUUCCUCGCGCUGGAGCCGCACAAGGCCCAGUACAAAGAGUUCCAGGACCUGAACCGAGAGGUCACGCACUUGGAUGACGUGCUGAAAUGCAAGCCCCCGGGGAGCCGCAGCAGGUCCUCCAGUUUCAGUCUUACCGUUGAAAGUGCUUUAGAGAGCUUCGAUUUCCUGAACACCUCCGACUUUGACGAGGAGGAAGAGGACGCGGACGAGGUUUGUCACGUCGGAGGAGGCGCUGACUCCGUGUUUUCAGACACUGAAACCGAGAAAAACAGUUACAGGUCAGUUCACCCAGAAGCCAGGGGGCACCUGAGCGAAGCGCUGACAGAAGACACGGGCGUGGGGACCAGCGUGGCAGGAAGCCCUCUCCCGCUGACCACAGGAAACGAGAGUCUGGACGUCACCAUCGUGAGGCACUUACAGUACUGCACCCAGCUCGUGCAGCAAAUUGUAUUCUCCAGCAAAACCCCGUUUGUGGCAAGAAAUCUGCUGGAGAAGCUCUCGCGGCAGGUGCCUGUCAUGGAGAAGCUGGCGGCCAUCAGCGACGAGAACAUGGGCAACAUGGCGUCGGUGGUGGAAGCCAUCCCAGAAUUCCACAAAAAGCUGUCCUUGCUGUCCUUCUGGACCAAGUGCUGCGGCCCUGUCGGUGUCUACCACAGCUCGGCGGACCGAGUGAUCAAGCAGCUGGAGGCCAGCUAUGCCAAAGCCGUCAACCAAGAGUACCCUGGACUCGCAGACCCAGUGUUCCGAACCUUGGUGUCCCAGAUCCUGGACCGGGCUGAGCCUCUGCUUUCCUCCAGCCUCUCCUCUGAAGUCAUCACCGUUUUCCAGUAUCAUGGUUUCUUUACCAGCCAUGGCGUCAGCGACCUGGAGACUUACUUGAGCCAGCUGGCCAGGCAAGUCUCCACGGUCCGCACUCUGCAGUCGCUGAGAGACGACAAGUUGCUCCAGACCGUGAGUGACCUGGCCUCCAGCGCCCUGCCGGCCCAGCAGGAAGUCCUCAGAACCCUGGCCCUGCUCUUAACCAGGGGCGACAGCGAGGUCAGCGAGGCCGUGACGCUUUACUUAGCCGCAGCCUCCAAAGAUGAGCAUUUCAGGGAGAAGGCCCUGCUCUACUACUGUGAAGCGCUGACCAAGACCAGCCUGCAGCUGCAGAAGGCUGCGUGCCUGGCGCUGAGGAGCCUGGAGGCUACAGAGAGCAUUAAAAUGCUGGUGGCGCUGUGUCGGUCGGACACUGAAGAAAUCAGAAACGUGGCCUCGGAAACCCUCUUGUCUCUUGGAGAAGACGGGCGGCUGGCAUACGAACAGUUGGACAACUUUCCUCGGGACUGUGUUAAAGUUGGAGAUCGUCACGGAACAGAAGUUGCCACAGCCUUUUAAUUGCAAGUUAGCACUGCCUGGACACGAUCCUAAGAGCUGUCCUUCAUCAUCAAGAGGGUGCCGAGACGUAGCUGGACCGAGUCCUGCUGAGGGUGUCUGGAAGAAAGGACACAACACAGAAAGAAUUCAGCGUCCAGCUACACAGUAGCCAUCUGCUUUUUCUUCGGCCAAUAACACAGGGCUACGUGUAACUCAGUAGGUUACAUCUUGUGAUUGUGUCCGACAGUACUUAACAGUCCAUCUUAAUAUAUUUGGAAUCUGAAAACAGCCAUCUUUGUACUCUUGGGGAAAUUCUACAAACUUGAAAUGUUCAUGUAUUAUCUAGAAAAAUAUCAUAUGCCUUGCAGUUUUCCUGUGGUGUUCUCAGGGUUAGUGGUCCUUUAGCUAACUAAUUUUACUUUAAAUACAAAGCACAGGGCUGGAGAGAUGACGCAGUGGUUAAAGGCGCUUGCUUGCAAAGCCUGACAACCAAGGUUCAAUUCCCCAGCACCCAUGUAGAGUCAGACGCACAAAGUGGCGCAUGUGUCUGGAGUU